AUGACUAUAUUUCUUGUCCUAUUACUUGGACAUACAACCAUUCUUAUAGUCGACGUCGUCAACGAUACUCCAAUAAUAAGGACGAAAUUAAUAUCAGUAAACAGCAUUCCGCUUCCAACAGUAACUAUUAUGUCUGGCUACAACUUUACCACAAGUUGUGUAUUGCUAUACAAUAGUUUAGAUGGGUGCAACCAGCACAUCAAACAACAGCCGCCUAUAGCGGUACCUGGCACCGGCAUAAAAAAAAACGCCGUCGCUUUUGUGCCUCCGCUCAAUCUGCACGUCCAAACGUUAGACAAUUUGAGCGGACUACUUGGAGUUGCAUUAGUUAAUAAUAUAAUUGACCCCACUUUUAACGCAAACACUACCAGCGAUUCUGACUUAGCAUUUGGAAUGGAUAUAGUAGUAAAUAAUACAGAACCAGAUUUAAGUAUUUCGCUAUAUCAACAAUCGACGUACUCUCUUGCUUACCAACAGUAUCGUACUCUGAAUUUCAAUCGGAAUGAGAGACUUGUAAUCAAACCAAACGCGCUCGCUACUAUCGGCAUACCAUCUGGCCGUAUUCGUGUACCUUACAUCACUACUUCAUUAGAUUCCAACGGACCAUUGUCUUACCAUCCAGAUACGUUCAAACCUAAUUGUUACGGGAUACUUUCCAUAAGAGCUAGCAGUUUUGUUGUCAGAACUGACAUAGAGUUUAGACCGCACACGGUGCUUGGCCUAAUCGGUUUAGUCGGUGGUGCAUGGGGCCUUUCUGCAAGUCUAUACGCUGUUCUCUUUGGUAAUGAUCCCCUACGACCAUGGGGCUGGGUCCAAUUCUACUGUUGCUGUUUUGUUCCACGAACACGUUCGCAGCUUUAUCAAUCGUUCUCUGUCAUUCCAUUCCAACAGCGACAACGACAACAAAAAUUAAUAACGUCAUUAUCAAACCAGUCAUUUGAGUCGGGAAAUUUCGCAUCUCACGAAUUGUCAGAAAACUUGAAAAAUCAGUCGGAUUCGCUGGAACAGUCUACAAAGGAGCGCUUGGAUGCAUUGGAAUUGUUUAUGCAAGAGUAUAUUAUCGAUACAACUUAUUUAGAUGGAUUGAAUGAGAACAAUUAUCCGAAUAAAUUGA